AUUCGAACACGUUAACAGAACCACCCAACCAUUCAAAAACCCUCACACCAAAUCCCACUUCAGUCUCUCUCCCUUUUCUUUUGUCUUUUUUUUUUUUAAUUAUUUCAGAAGAAACAAACGACCCACGCGAAACCACGCGUCAAGCCGUCAAAAACAUCGUACACAGUGCAGAACCCACCUCCUGUCGAGAAAACCUUUUAGAACAUCGCCUCAACCUAACAACGAAAGCUAAACCCUCGAGAACAAUUCAGGAUAGCAUUUUUCUCCAACAAGAGAAAGAAAGCCCAGAGAGAGACCAAGAAUGCCAUCAGAAAUAAGCCAGGGACACCCAACAGAAGCCCAAAACACCAUGGGGGCUGCACACCAACCGCCAAAAACGACUGAGCCACUGCCUUGUCCAAGGUGUAACUCCACCACCACUAAGUUUUGCUAUUACAACAACUAUAACCUCUCUCAACCUCGCCAUUUCUGCAAGUCAUGCCGCCGUUACUGGACACAAGGUGGAACUCUCCGUGAUGUUCCUGUUGGUGGCGGUACACGCAAGAAUUCCAAGCGCUCUCGCUCAACUUCAAAUAAUUCUUCAUCUAUAUCUACCUCAUCUUCUAAUUCUACUUCCUCGAAUUCUGCAACUUUGACUGCUUUCACCACCACUCAUGAACCCGAAUCCAUGCCCGUGGUUUUAUCCUCGACUACUGACUCUGGUUUAGCAGCUGUGAAAACUGAGGUACAAGCCGGGUUAAAUCUGAAUGACGGAUUACCUUCUGAAGAUGGAAACUUCAUUUCGCUCAUGAACUCUAACGAUCAGCAUGGGUUUACUGGUCUUGGCGGGUAUGGAUACGCGUCAGGUUUCGGAUUCGGGCCUAGUGAAAUGGGUAUUGGAUUUGGUGGAAGAGGAUCUUGGUCCUGUCCCGUAAUGGAAAAUGUUCUUGUUAAUGGUGGUACUUCUGGAUGUCAUCCCUGGCAGCUUGACUGUGAUCAAGUUGAAGGAGGGGGGCUUCAAGCUGGAUUUACAGCAGAUACUGAAAAUUAUUUUGGUUCUUGGCCUGAUCUUGUUAUGUCUGCUCCAGCAGGAAAAGGUUUGAACUGAUACUGGCCUUUUCUUUUCACAAAAAGAAAAAAACAUGUUCCCUUUUGAUGUCCUCGGAGGUUUAGUUUUAUUGAUUGCUGCAACUUAUGUUAAUUUCAAGUUGUGUUUUUUGUUUACUGAGCAAGACCGUAUAGACUAUAGGGUUAUGGUAUAGAAGAUGAAGAAGUUCGAAGCAUACCUCUUGUGUAAGUGAUUUCUUAAGGUCUUUGUAAAGCUUUUGGGUUUUUGCUCGAACAAAUCUUUCGAAGAAAAUAUAGAAAAAAUAUGCUCUUUUGCUGUUUAA